GGUCAGGUGGGGCGGGAGCGGGAAACUAAGAAAGCCAAAGACGCAUGCGUUUGGUGUGUCCCGGAAUUUUGGCGGGUUCUUCCGCUCAGGCAGGAAGAAGUGCUUCCGGGUCGCCGCCGGCUGCCGCCUAGUGGCGCGGUAAGUACAGAAGCAGGCUAUGGCUGUUGUUUCUUCGCGCGUUUCUUCCUCUCUUCCCCAAAGAAACCCGUAUCUCUUGACCCGUCUCCUCAAGAGUUCCACAUUCGCUUUUAUCCUCAUGGGCCUUCAGCUCAUUGGCCGCUUCCUCGAGACUAAGCCCCACCCUGCCAUACAAGAUCCGUCAUUCAUUGGUGUCACUUCCUGUCACCCGACAGUUCUUCCAGUCAAUUGGCCCUUCCCAGACCCAGCUCCUUUCGCGAUUAGCAACCCUAUAAGGGCACACUCCUGUCCGAGUCCCGCCCCUGCCCUCUCCUCGUUGGUCAACUCCACCGUAUUAUCGUAAUAAGCAAACAACUCUCUGGAAGAAUGAGCGGUGGGUUGGGCUUUCAGAGCAGUGGUCUCUGGCCUCUCAGUUCCUCUGGGAGUCUAGGAGCCAUGUCCACUUUGUUCCCCUCACUCUUUCCUCGUGUGACGGAGACACUCUGGUUUAAUCUGGAUCGACCCUGUGUGGAGGAGACAGAACUGCAACAGCAGGAACAGCAGCAUCAGGCCUGGCUCCAGAGCAUUGCAGAAAAAGAUAACAACCUCGUGCCUAUUGGGAAGCCGGCCUCAGAGCACUAUGAUGAUGAGGAGGAGGAGGAUGAUGAAGAUGACGAAGAUAGUGAGGAGGACUCAGAGGAUGACGAGGACAUGCAGGACAUGGAUGAGAUGAAUGACUACAACGAGUCACCUGAUGAUGGAGAGGUCAAUGAGCCUCCUCCUCAGGUGGACAUGGAAGGCAACGAGCAGGAUCAGGACCAGUGGAUGAUCUAGGUAGACAGGAAAGGAAUGUCCACAAGGAGAUCCCAGGCCAGCCCACCCCACACUGCACCCCUUGCAGAACCGGCUGACAGUUCCAGUGCCUGAAACCUUAAUUUCGGACACCUCUGCAGCUGCUGGUAGGACCUGAUCUCCUUGGCCUCUCCCAGGCCAUCAGCCUGCCCUCGAAUCCCCAGGGCCUGAGCCCACCCCACUUUCCUGGCCAGUACCUCUCCCCUUGGCUGCCAGGUCUGGUCUAUUUCUAACUCUCUUUAAUAAAGACACAGGACUGAUUGAUUUUUUUUUUCCCCCUUUUUCUAUUCUCUAUCACUUCGUGAGGCCCAGAGGAGCCUAAUGUCUUCUCUUGGGCUUUGGGGAGAGGGCGUUGAAGGGACUU